AUGGCACAACCGACUCAUCAGGAACAGGAACAGGAACAGGAGGAACAAUCCACACUCAGGAUCGCUGUCGUCGGCGGCCCUCAGUAUGACAGAUUGUACAGCAGGCUGGCGACCUUUGAGGCAAAGACUGGGAUCCAUGUCGAGAUUGUUUACAAGGGCUCGCAUCCCGAAUUGAACGACUAUAUCGCCACUGCCUUCCCUCCUGCCGACAACAACAACAACAACACUAGUACCUACAAAACACCAGAGCUGGAUCUGAUAUCGACACAUAUCAAAUACGCGCCCUCGCAGGCCCACUACCUCCAGGAACUCGAUUCUUUGUCCGUCUCCCAGGAAGAUCAGGACAAGUUCUUGGACUCGGCAUUGGAGGCGUGCAAGAUCCAGGGGAAACUGAUGCAACUGCCACGGAUGGUCGAUAGUAGGGUCUUGUUCUACAGAGCGGAUGUCCUGGAGAAACUUGGACUGGAUCCGGCCCAGACUUGGCAGGAUCUUGCAAAGUGUGCCAGCAUCAUUGGCCAGGCAUUCCUGCCUGUGGGGACCAGUGGUCAACAUUCGCCGGAGGAAAAGGAUUCAAGGGUGGCCAAGGUAGAGGUAAUGCAGGGGUAUGUGUUUCCGGGAAAACUGUCAGGGCUAUUUGGGACGUUUUACGAGCUCGCCAUGAUGGAGAUGCGUCACCCCGAGGCCCUCUUUGACAAGGAAAAUCGACCAGUGUUUGAGGAAUCGACUGUGGUGCCUGUGCUCCGUUAUAUGCGCGACUUGGUCGAAACGGGGGCUGUACCUGCCGACAUUGACCACUACUACUUUGAUCAAGUUUCGAGCAUGUUUGCAGAAGGAAAAGUGGCGAUUGUGGCAGAUUGGCCUUCUUUCUACAAAGACAUGAAACAACGACUGAAGAAAGUUCCAGGAGCCAAGGUCAAGGUGAUGCGGUAUCCCGUGGGAGCGAAUGGAUCACGAUCGGCAUACUCUGGAAUGCAUUCGUUUGCGAUCCCCAAGAGCUGUCGGUAUCCUCAAGAAGCGCUUCGACUGCUCAAGUUUCUGGUAGACGAUGAGCAACAGUGGCUGGAGGCGACAGAGUCCGGCAGUUUUCCGACCAAGAAGGCGGUGCUCCAGAGGCUGGUUGAUAGGACCGAAGAAGUGGCGGCGGCGGCAGUGAAGAAGGGUAGCAGUGACGACGAGGCGCAAUUGGACAGCGAGCGGCUGGGUUGUUUACGAGCCACUGUCGAAGAGGAUAUGGCCAUGUUCCCUCACCUGUUGACGUACCCGGAGCUGGAGGAUGCAUUGUACCCCAUGAUCCAGGAUGCUAUGAUGGGUCGUCUGUCGCCUGAGGAAGCAGCUCGCCAGAUGAAGUCAAGAGCUUUGCGACCUUUUUGA